UCUUCAGCUGUUUACACUGCUGAGCUGCGUCAGGAUGAAGAAGACACCAUUUGAUCCCUCCCAGAGUGGUGAGGGGAGAAAGGCAACAACGAUACACGAUACGAACAACAAUAAUGUCUCUGAUACUGGUGAUGUGAAAAGGAUCAAGGACAAGAGUAAAGGAAAGGUUCGGAAAGAGAAAGUUUGGAUUGAAGUUCAGAAAUCUCAGGACCACAAACGCAGAACGACACCGGAAACAGAAAAAGACAUUAAACAAAGAUCUAACUCGGUCUCCCCUGUGGAGAAAGCAAAGGAGACCCAGCAGAAAGAGAAGAAGCAGAGCAUCUAUCCAGCUGUGGCGGCCCUGCAGCUGUUCACUCUCUUCUGCUGUGGAGGGAAAGUCAAGCUGAAGAAAACUCGUCCCUCUCAGCACAGACAGAGUAAAAACGACCGGGACGAAGAUAAUGCAUCUGAUACUGGCUCAGACUGGUCUGGAGGAGAUGUUACAACCAAAAAGGUAAAGGACAAGAGUAAUGGAAAGGUAGGGAGGGAGAAAGACUGGACUGAAGUCCAGCUAUUGAAAUCAUCUCAAGACCACGAACCCAGAAGUACAACACCAGAAACAGACAAGGGAACUAAUUUGGGACAAAGACCGAACUCUGCAAAUCAAAGGACACCCCGGCAAGUGAAGACCCAUGUGGAGAAAAUUUACAUAAGUCUGACUCUCCGACUCUACCACGUGCCCACAGCUCCCUCUCCCAGUUCUCCCUGGCUAGGAACCUGGCCAUCCUCCCGCUGGAGUGGCAGCUACCUGGAGUCCCUCUGACCACCUUGUCUAUGGCAACUAGGACAGAGAGAAAGCCAUCCACUACCAACACUUCGACACAGGCGCAGACAGAAAUACAGACAACAUAUAUGAACACAGACACACAGACCACUGCCACCUCUCAGAGACAGAUCUCCAUGGUGACCACCCAGUCAUCAGAGACCAUGACAGAGGUUCACACAUCAGACUCAAGCACCCAGAACUCCACUCCUGACAUGGCACUGACCCCUGAGAGCACUAAGGACAUGAUUGCUACUGAUGAGGAUGUGAAGGAUGACUCUGCUGAAGAUUUGAUCUCCACCCUAACAGACACCUCUAUGGAGAAAUCCGUCAGUGAGACCAGCCUGAAAGCCCUCAUCGCUGAGGAUGAGGAAGAUAACAAUGAGAUGAAGGAUAUGGCUGCCUCCGCUAGCCCUGCUACUGAUAAUGCCAAUGAGGAUGCAAAGCUACUGGAGCU